AUGGGGCCUCACAGCGGAGAUUCAAGACAAGGCACACUCAUUCGCCCCAAACGGCGGUGGCCGGGCCCAGAAGCCUGCAACGUCCAGCUCCACUACGGAUUCAAACCCGACCAGCGGACCAACCCCUACAAUUGGUACCCGGGCAAGAGAACCCGCACAUCCGAGCCAAGAAGUAGAAAUGCAGGCCACCCAAAGCAGGAGACGGCGGAAUGGGAUACUAGCCUGCACGACCACUCCUGCCGGAGACACUGCAAGAUAUAUCG